GCUGCUAGGUCGUGGUGUGCUGCUGACACCAGUACAUUUCCUAAUCCUCCUCCACGCUUUCCAUUCACUGGAACUCCUGGGUGUCGGUUUUCUAAAAUUCACAUAACUGAACCUUUAGAUUACUUUAAUUUAUAUUUCGAUAACGAAUUAAUGAACGAAAUCACUACUGAAACGAACAGAUACGCCCUAUCAAAACCGCAGACAUCCAGGAGCCGGUGGAAUCCUGUUUCCGUGGAGGAAAUGUUUAUGUUUUUGAGUGUUAUCUUACUGCAAGGAAUAAUUCAUAAACCGGAUGAGAGAAUGCAUUGGACCACAAACGAAACACUUGAGACUCCAAUUUUUCGAAGAAUAAUGGCAAGAAAUCGUUUUUUGGAAAUAAAACAAAAUUUGCAUUUUAGUAAUAAUGAAAAUUAUAAUCCGCGAACUCAUCCAAACCCUAAACUGAAUAAAAUUUGGCCAGUAGUUCAAAAUUUAUGUUCAAAAUUUUCGCGUCUGUAUGUCCCAGAAAGGGAUAUAGUGGUGGAUGAGAGUUUGAUGCUGUUCAAAGGACGUCUUUCGUGGAGACAAUACAUGCCUCUCAAACGGUCUCGUUUCGGUGUGAAAUUUUACAUGUUAUGCGAGUCCGCAUCUGGCUACUUAUAUAAUUUCAUAAUUUAUACCGGAAAAGAUACAGUUUUCAAUCAAAAAUAUAAAGAUAUGCCUAUUACAUCAAGAAUUGUCUUAUCAUUAGCGGACUCGUUGUUAGGCAAGGGCUAUUGUCUAACAACAGAUAAUUUUUAUUCUUCCCCACAUUUAGCUGAUUAUCUGGUUACGGUCCAAACAGAUUUCUAUGGAACUGUGAGGACGACCAGACAACAGAUCCCAGCUGAGGUUAGAAAUAAAAAAUUGAAAAAGGGAGAAACAGUGGCGAUGCAGAGGGGUAAAGUGAUGGCUUUGAAGUGGCAAGACAAAAGAGCCGUCACUUUACUCUCUACGGUCCACAAUCCAUCAAUGGUAAGAAAACAAACUCAUGCCGGUAAAAUAGUUGUAAAGCCACAGGUUGUUGUCGACUAUAACGACACAAUGGGAGGUGUUGAUGUAUUAGAUCAGCAUCUUCGAGAUUAUCCAGUGGCGAGAAAAAGAGGGAAGAAAUUUUACAAAAAAGUAUUUUUCCAUCUAUUAGAUAUUUGUACUUUUAAUGCUUUUGUUUUACAUGAAAAAAAUGGUGGCGUACUAAGUCAUCUAGACUUUAGAAUUAACAUUAUUGAAACAAUUAUAGAAAAGUAUCACACCGAAACGAGGGUUACAAAACAUGGUCAGCCGAGAACUUCAGGUCCGAGAAUUCCAGGUCCACUUAGACUUACGGAAAGACAUUUCCCGGACCUUCUUCCGGAGACCGACAAAAAAAAGGCUCCCACUAGACACUGUGCCGUAUGCAAAACUAAGCAUGACGGUGCAGGCAAAAAAAUAAGAAAGGAAACGUGAUAUUUUUGCAAAGAUUGCGAUGUGCCAUUGUGUGCAGCACCCUGUUUCCGAAUAUAUCAUACUGUGGAAAA